UCACACACCCCAUCCCAACCUCAUAAGCAUCUCUCCCGCCCACCAUCAAUUUUUGUCCCCCCUUUCAUUUUCCCCUUCACCCUCCCCGUCAAUAGGGUUUUAGCACAGAGAAUAAAGUGAGUGAGAGUAUUCAAAACUUUUCUCCUCCUGCAAAUCCUUCGAGUUUACAACCAUGGCGAAACCAAGCCGUGGGCGCUCUGGCUCUUCAUCUUCAAGGUCUCGCUCUCAUUCUCGCUCGCGCUCCUCUGGCUCCGCUUCUCGCAGCGUCAGCUCUCGCUCGCGCUCCGCCUCUCGUUCUCCUUCUCGCUCAUUAUCUUCGUCUUCUUCGCCUUCUCGUCGCAGUGCUAGCUCUCGCAGUGCUAGUCCCAGCGCUAGCCCUCCUCUUCAGCGCAAGAUUUCCCCAGACCCAACAAAGAAAGCUCGUUCUCCACCUCCACAGGCUAAAAAGGCUUCUCCCCCUAGAAAACUUACAACAAUUCCAGAGUCUAAGGUCCUCUACAUCAACAAGCUCACAAGGAAUGUUAAUGAAGGCCACCUUAAAGAAAUUUUUGGUAUCUUUGGUGAAGUUGUAAAUGUAGAGCUGGCUAUGGAUCGAGUUGUCAAUCUUCCCAAAGGAUAUGCAUAUGUGGAAUUCAAGACACGAGCUGAUGCUGAAAAGGCACAAUUGCACAUGGAUGGAGCACAAAUUGAUGGGACUGUUGUUGUGGCGCAAUUAACCCUACCACCUAGUGAAAAGGUAUCACCCACCAAAGCUGUUGCUCCACCUCCCAAAAAAGACGUUACCAAAAAUGAAGGGGUAGAUGCUGUGAAGGAUGGACCAAAGCGGGGAAGAGAAGCUUCUCCACGUCCUAGGAGAUCUCCUGUUGGCCGUAGAGGGGGUUCACCUAGAAGAAUGAAUCCUCCACCUCGUCGUCGUGGAGAUUCUCCUAUUCGUCGAGAAUCUCCUUUCCGUCGAGGUGAAUCACCUAAAAGAAGGCGUCCUGUAUCUCCGAGAGGCAGAUCUCCAUCUCCAUCAAAGCGACCAAGAUCUCCUGUGAGGGGUUCUCCGCGCAGGGUGCGAGGAAGUCCUGUUCGUAGACGAUCUCCCUUACCUCCACGGCGACGCUCGCCACCUCCUAGACGAGCUCGAAGCCCUCCUAGAAGGUCUCCUGUUGGGCGUAGGCGUAGCCGCUCUCCUGUUCGGAGGAUUGGCCGUUCACGCUCAAGAUCACCCUCACCGCGGAGAAGGCCACCAGUGAGAAGAGGAAGGUCAUCUUCAGGCUCUCCGUCUCCAAGUCCAAGAAGGGGUCCUAGGAGAGUAUCAAAGAGUCCUAGAAGGCCCUUGAGAGGAAGGAGUAAGAGCAGCAGUCAAAGCCGAAGUAGCAGCGGAUCCCCUCGUAAACCAUAAGCUUCUGAUGUUAUAUGGAAGUUGCCCGUCAAAAACUUUACAUACUAAGCGUGAGAUGGUUGAUUGGAACCUCUUUUCCUCAGAAGACUGCCGCUUUGUAAUUUGUGUUAACUUGUUCUCUUUGAUAUCGACUAUUCAGUACUAGUUGCUGUAAACAUAUUUGCAGUCUGUACUGGCUAGUGGCUAGUGGCUAGUGCUGAUCUGUUUUGAUGUGUAUUUUACCGUAAAGUGCUACUGAAGCUUUGCUUAGCUUAGUGUUAUUGAAUGAUAAAUUACGAUUGCUCGAUGUAAGUUUCACUGGUUGCAUUUAUGCAGCGUUGGCCAAAGUGGAUGCGAACUUUAGUUGCAA